GCAAUCAGUCAAAUGAAAAAUGCACUUGGGGAAAGCAUCAAGGAAGCUAGGUUUUUAGAUACCAUCUCAUAUGCAAGGUUGUGUGCUAAUGUUUUUGCCAUUUAAAAUUAAUACAGAAGCUUAUUUUAGCAGAUGUUUUAGAGAAGAAAGUGGAAAAGAACAUAUAAUGCUGAGUUUAUCUUUACAUAUAAAAACAUUUCCACAGAAAUGUUUUCAUCCAUUAAAAUAUUCAAAUUCUUGUUGGAGAGAUUUAAUUAAACUUUGAUCAAACGGCAGGAGAGGGCUGAGCUACCAUUUUGGGGCCAGAGAUGGAUAAUCUCAGUUUAGGAAAAAUAUAAGUAACUGAGAGUGUUGCCUUCUGAAGUCUAGUUAUAUUUUGAACAUGUAGCCACAGAGUUUGGGUCUUGUAGACAGCUUUGAAGUUGUCAUUCCGUUCUAUAGUAUGCUCACUGUUUGAUGAGAAUACCCUUCUGCUGCAAUGGUGUAGUCCAUGCUCGGCAGUAAAAUUCCAGGCUGUCGGUGUGGGGGAUGGGCGCUGUGCUGACGUUCUGUGUCUGGCUCAGGACUAGAGAUCGAAGUGUGUAGUGCUAGCUUUAGUCAGACUCAACAGUCUGACCUAAACCGACAACACAUUAGUGAUCCUACAAGGUAGUUACACUUGUAUCAGAGCUAAAGGAGAUACUGCAAGUUAAUUUAUCUGAGCCUCAAUAAACCAAUUGUUUUACUGUUGUGUGUUAUGUAAGCCAUGGCUAACCUUGCCUGUCUAUGUGCUUUUAGUCAAUCUCAUUUUCUCAUUUUGUUCUAGCAAUGGCACAAGCCUCUUUCAGUUGCGCAUAGCUAGAAAAUAAUCACCAUAGUCUUGAUUUAGAUGGAAAAUCCUGGCUCUGCCCACCCCCUCCCGCUCCUGUUUCCCUCUACCCUGCUCUUGCUGAGCUCUGCUUUGGUGCUACAAAAGCAAAUCACGCGUACAACGCUUGAGCAGUGGUGUGUGCUAAGAAGAUAUGCUGUUAGAUGGUUCAGUUAUUUCUUGGUACUGAUCACUCUUUCAUUUGUUUACUUGUAUACCAUAUAGAUAUCUCAAGUAAAAAUGUGACCUGAUAUGUUGUCUUCAGACCAAAUAAGAUUCACACUUGCUUUGUAAAGUUGCAUUGAAGCUUAAAUGUCAAAUGUAAACAAAAUUAUAGAUUUUGCUAAUAGUUGAAGGUUUAAUAAAAUAACGCUGAUGAAACUACAAAAUUAAUAAAAAAUAUAUAAUCAUGUCACAGGAAGGAUUUAAAGCAGCUGUUGCUACUGCUGCUUAGUAUAAUUCGCAUGCAACAAGACUGAUCGUUUAGGGAGAUUAAUAUUAAGUAACGUGAGAUAUUAGGUUGGGCUUAAUAAGAUAGUGAUCAAUUUUUAGCAUUUAAUGACUGAUUUGUAGCAAAGUUCUGCAACUGAGAUCUCGCUCACACGUAGACAUUGAGAGCACAUUGUGUGAUUACAAAGUCCUGUCUCUUUCUGGUUGGACUCUAGAAAAUGAUGCACAUGUAUACAAUGUAAAAGCUUGUGGCUUUCUCUUUUUUGUUGAGCUGUUUUGAGUCAGUAGUAUUGUGGACAUCCUAUAGGACCGUUUUCUAAACCUUGUCAUUUAAGUUUAACUAAUCCUGUUCAAUGAUGAGACUGAACACUCUUGUUAGCUAACGCCCACAGUCUCACUCGUUUCUACAGCCCUAGAUUAUUCAGAUCUACCACUCAACCUGACGCGCGUCCAUAGCCCCAAGAUAAAUGCAUGAAAGGACUGAGCUGUUUGAGAGGGAAAGUGUUAACAAAAAUUGAACUAGACUAGGUUGACAUCACACUUUAUUUCUUCACCUAGCUCAGUAGAUAGCCCCUCCCUCAUAAAUGUCACCAUUGCAACUGGAGUUACUGCUUCUUUUUUAUAUAAAUCAGCUGCUAAGGUCAAGGUCAGUGAAGACUAAAUGAUGUUUUCCAUGAUGUUUCACAAAAUAACCAGGGUGACUAGGGAAACUAACUUUUUAAUGGGUAAAAUCCAGUUUUAAUUUAAAAGCAAAGAACUUUUACGUGCGUCGGCAGAUUUUAAUUAACCACGUUACAUCAUGGAAGCAUAUUUCCUACAUUCUUAAGGUGGUAUUGUACUUGACUAAAUUAAUUUACAAUAUAGCUCCAACCCAGCUCAACAUAAACAUCUGGAUGAAAAUGAUUCACGCGGGCAGAUUUUAUUGAUUGACUCUUAACCAAGAAGGAGCCCAGCUUUGCUGCACACAGCAGACCUUGUGGCCAUUUUGAGUUUCAGUGAAUCCAGAUGCAGGCAGGCAGCGAGGGGGGAGGGAAAGACUGCGCGCUAUGCGCAGUAUAGUUGAAUGCAGUGCCUGCCCUAACUUUUUUUCUCACUCAGCUUUUAGCUUUAAAAGAAAAUGUAAGUAAUUUUGUACUUUUAUUUUGUAGGAUUAUUUAUCAGCUGUUAAAAACAACAUCCACCGUGUCACAGCUCCAAGGGAUUGGAUUUCCUUUGUUUAACAUCCAUGUUUAAGUAUUUAAAGCCAGAACGACAAAAAGCGCCAUUUCCUCUCUAGUCUUGGGUGACAAGAGAUUCAGUGUUAAACUGGGUUAAAAAUGAAAAUCCUAUGAAAGUGAUGUUUGUAGUUGGAUCUCAGUGUGUGUUGCUGAACAGAGACUGCUCAUGUGGACUGACUCUUGCAACAACAAUCUAAACCAGGAUUUAGUUCACCGCUGUAACGUGCAGAGAUGGCAGUCUUUUUUUGUGGGCGGAGCUUGCCACAUGAUCUCCUCUUGCUCCUCUGUGCUGUAACACACCAGUGGCCAUUUUGUGCUUCUGCAGUGGAAGAAAUGAGAUGUGGGGGUUGGGCAGUGAGUUCACAGCUAGUUUGGAGUUACUUUCUAAAAAUGUGAUUUAAUCAGGGUAUAUAGAAUACUGAUUUAACUAAACUAGUAAAAAAAAUAACAUGAUCAUAACUAAUUCAUCAGAAAGAGUGAGUCUGAUCUGAGUUAUCAGUGGGGACUCUGUUAAUGGUGUUAAAAUCACUAGGUUCAAAUACCAAAACAGGAAUUUGUAAUACACCAGUAACCAUUUAACUGAUGGUUCUGUGUUACUCUUUGUGUUAAGGAGCCACCCCUCUCCUGCAAUGGUUCAGUCUGAUUACCAUCAGCCCUCCCUGCUUUGGGGGAGGCAGGGCAGAGAAGCUGCUGACAAGCUGUGCCUUUUUUUUUGUUUACUGCGUUCAGCUAGCACGAGGCUGUGAGGCUAAAGUCGCCAUUUUCUCCUCUUGUAAAAUAUAGAGGAGACUAGGAGGGGUGGGGGAGGAGACUUCCCACUGGUGCCUGAAAAUAAUUUAUAAAUAAAAUUACUUAUGAUAUCUCAGGGAGUUUUUUCUGACCUAUUUCAGAUUGUUUAAGGAGAGAGUGUUAAGGGUUAAAAGUAUUUAUUUUUAAUUUUUAUUUUUUUACAUGUGUAACCUGAGCAGAUGAGUUCAAUCAAAUUCCUUGCUUUUGUAGUUAGAUGUGAGACUGUAGUUUGUAUUUUUUUUAUACAAUCGUUGAUCUUUUGUCAUUUUUUACACCCCUCCCCCACCUCCUCCCCCUCAAGAGAGUGGUUCAGCCCAUGUUUGAACAGGAGAGGCUGUUCCAGAGGCAGGGUGUGCGAGUGUGUGUGAGAGUGAGGCACAGACAGAGAGAGAGGAAGGAGAAAAGGGAGGGUGGGGGCUGCUGCUUUUAGGUUUUGUUUUGUGGUUGUGAAAUUUAGCGCUGCCUUUGCGCUGUUAGCUAAGCUCUGACUCAUGUAUGUAGCAUUGUUUUGCUCUGGUCAGAGUAGCGUGCUUUUCUGUGUUGUAGCAGUUACUUAGCAAAUAUUUCAAUAUAUGGGCCAGUUAUAACCAAACUUCUCUUCUUUACCUUCAGUGUUAGACCCUUGUUUGUUUUCAAGGGCUCAAAUAACAAAUAACAAUAAUGGAUCGUGACAACAUUUUGCUACCUGCUAAAACUUGUUCCACAAGAGCCAAGAGAACAAGUCAUUUUUGCGGAAAGCAUUUAGUUUGGUUAGGUCCGAAUUGACUUUGCUUUUAAAGGAGAAAGUAAAAUUGAAACAUAUUUACAUUUUUAGUGUCUUGUUGUAAAGGAGCUAGAGAUUUAGCUAAAUAUUUAUGUGAAGACAGUUAAGUAGUGGGGUGAGGAUGACAUUUUUACAAUCAAAAAUGUAAGAGUCCUUCUACCAUUAUUCUCAAUACCUCCAGAAGGCACCGUGUUAGCACUAAAAAUGAAUUUUGUUAGCUUCAUCUUCAUCGGCAUCUCUCUGAGUGAAGUUGUAAUGUGCUGUUAUAAUCUAAUUCUGUAGAGUAUUUGGCCUAUUCUUUUUCAUUUUCCUUUUGUUUUAAUUCUACUGUUUCCUAAUGGCUUAUUCACAUAACAUUAGCUGUAAUCUUUAAGAGACCUUUGAGAUCAAAUUACAAUCUGACUGAAGUCCUUUUUCACCCCCACACUGUCCAAAGUAACAUAGUUAGGCUAACAUGACUGAAACCUAGCCACAGAGGGUUCCUCUACAGGCAAACAUGGAAAAAUGCAGUUCAGUGAGGUUCUGACAAAGAAAUGAUUCACCUCCACUCCUCUCUCCAGUUACUUGGACAUGUCCAGAUCAUUAUAUUCUGUGGAAAGGGAAUCCGUCAUUUAAACAGAACUUCAGCUAAAUUAAAGGUCUUCUCAGCAACAACAGUCUGGUGUUUUUCCUUUUUCAUUUCUGUUGUGAAAUAUGCUUCUGUGCCCCUUUAAGACAAAUAGAGGUCAGGCACCCCCCUGCGCAGUUGUCAAAGUGGUACAGUCCAUGCUGGCUGUAGAUUACCAUACUGUGGACUAGAUUGUGCUAGAGUUGGGGGAUGGGUGUUGCUAUGCAACAGCCUUUGCAGUGUACUUCCUCUCUGUAUGUGCGCUGCUAGCUAAGGUUGUUGGUGAAAAUCGCCACCCUUUUAAGAACAGAACUGACACAAGGUUGUACCUGCAUUUGUGGUGUAUGACAAAAAUGACUUGCUUGUCCCCAGAAUGACUAAAGUACAAAUUAAAUCUCUCACUGGAUCCUGUUGGGCUACAUGGCAUAGAAAGCACCAAAGUGGAUUAUUUUUAUAGGGAGAUUAGCUAAUACCCAACAGAAAGUCUAAACAUAUGCAGCUUUUCAUAGCACUCACCCCUGCAAGCAGAAACAUGAACUAGCCCUUACUGAGCCCCUCCUCUUUUCUUUUAUGUUCUGGUGCCGCCAUUUCAGCUGUUCCCUGUUCUCACCAACAGCUUAUGUAUGGAAGGCCAAAUCUCACACAUCUGCAGAAGGUUGCCGACGUCCUUUGUUAAAUCUAUGACCAAAGAGCUUCGGGCUUGAAGGGAGCAAUGGAAGUUGUGGUACCAGAGGAGAAAAAGAAGAUUUUCCGUGCAAGGAAAACCAUGAAGAUGAGUGACCGCCUGCAACUGGAAAGCCUUCACAGCACUUUACUGACCACACCUGGCUCGUCCAACCCAUCUCCACCACCACUAAUGAAUGGCACUCAUAAGGAGGAUGGACAAAAAACAAGUGAUAAAGAGCAAAACAACAUUUCUGACUCGAACUCCCCCGCAGCAACAUCACCUGCCUCUCCAACAUCGCUAAGCUCCCCAACUCCGUUCCUGUCCCUGAAUUUAUCACCUUCCCCUGCCUCGUCAGAAAGUCCCAAACCACAGGACGAAGCCUCUUGUCCAAAUUCACCCCUCAGUCCUGACUUUCCUGAUGCAAAAAAGACAGAGGACAAGGAAAAGAAAAGUUCUUCAUCAUCCUACCCAGAUGAUUCUGUUACACCCGUUCCAAGUGAAUGUAAGGACCAACAGAAAAAUGGGAUCUCCACAGGGGAAAAGGAGGAGAAGAAACAGACCAAUACGGAGGAUCCAGCUGGGGAUUCAGGAACGGACUCUUCAAAAGAAGCUGUUUCCACUUCCCCUGCUCCACCUUCAACAUCCAAGUGCAUCAAGCCAAUGGAGACCGAAACUAACACUACAAACGCCGAUGACUCUGAGGCCUCCACUUCCACAAGGAAAGACGAAAAUUCUUCGUGCUCCAGUGUUACAACUUCCACUUCUACACUUCCUCCAGGUUCUGGGAAAGAUAUAAAUGAAACAAUAGAAAUUAAAGAAGACGAUGUUGAAGAAGAAGAAGAUGAAAAACCCAACAAGAAUACGGAAUCCAAGUCUGAGGAGAAGAUGGAGGUGGACAAAAUACAAUCUGAGUUCAGGAAGGAAACUAAGGAAGAUGAAAAAUGUACAAAACCAGCUCGACCAUCCUCCACUCCACCUUCUAACCCAGAUAAAGAGGGAAAGAGCUCAACCUCGGGACUAAAGCGCACUCUGUCAGAGGGAGAUGAAAAAGACGAUGUGACCGUGAAAAUGGAGGGGAAGAGGCCCAAGAUGGAACACGAGGAACUGGAGGCCCAUCUGAAACUUAAAAUCACUGCAAAAGCUGGCAGUCAGCAUAAGCUCGAAAAGAUUGUUCAACAACUGGUGAACGAACAGCUGCAGAUCUUGGAGUUGGCGAUUUUUGACAAACAUUUCAAAGAGCUGAAGGACAGGGUGGAUAAAGUCGAAUGUGCUACUAAACAUCAGACCGCCAUCAACACACUCCAGUCCAAGAUCUCCCGACUAGUGAAAAAGUUUGGAGAAGCUAAUCAAGCUUCUGAAAACAAAAAGAAACAGGAGGCUCUGGCUGCUGCCACUACCGCCGCCGCUGCUGCCGCCGCCGCCGCCGCUGCUGCUGUCAAGCCUCCGACUGCUACUAACACCCCCCAAGCUCAGCGGCAAGUCCGGACUUCCAUUGAGGUUAAGCAGAUUCCAGCAACUGUUCCUUCUUCCAGCGCAGCUGUUGUUUCAGUCCCAGUUUCAGUGCCAGUAUCUAUUCCAGCCUCUGUUGCAGCUGCAGCUCCUGCUGCAGUUUCACUUCCUACUCCCACCUCCACUACCAUGGUUCCACAGGGGUCCAUCCUCCAGCUCAUCACCUCCAAUGCUAAUGCUGCCUCCACACUGGCCACCGGGAUCACCACACAGAGUCAGCCAGGCACCCUGGUGUUGAAAACUACUCCUGGUAGCGGCAUGGUGACUGCAGGCCAGCCGCUCGUCAUCCAGCUGCCCCUGUCGGUCAACGGUCAGACGGGCACGCUGGUCAACUUCCCCGUCUCCUCUUUGUCUGCAGCCAGUUCACUGAACAAGUCCAAAACCACUCCAUCCACCACCACCUUUAUCCUCAAAUCUCCUCCUUCAACCAACGCAGUAUCAGCUUCCACCUCGACUCUUGGCACACUUCCUACCCUUCAGGCUUCCACCGGUCAGCUGUCUACCACUCAGUUCUCUGUGGCUCGAACGGUGUACCAAGGUGGUGCCAGCAGAAUAACUACACCAAAUGCCGGGGUAUCUGUGACCACAGUGAGGGCACCCGCUCAGUCUGUCUCUGUUGCUGGCGCUUUGUCUUCAGCCGCUUCACCUGCAACUUCUGGGCCAGCAGCAACAGGCUCCACAGCUCCAGGAACGCCACAAGGAACAUCUCUAACAUCCAAGACAGACAAUCAAGUUGCUGUGACCAUUCCACCCAAACCUGCUGUUGUACCACCCCCCCCACCACCACCACCACCACCAGCAGCAGCAGCACCUUCAGCAGCAACGCCAGUAGCAGCAACACCAGUAGCAGCAACAGCUGCACGACCCAAAGGCUCCGUCAUCGAUCUCACGGAGGAUGAUGAUGAUGUACAAGUUACUGGAGUGAAGAAUGCCACAGUCACUACACCCUCAUCCGCCCCCCGCCCUAAUCCAGUCAUCAGGAUUCCUGACAGUACAGGAGCGAGAUCAUCUCCAAAAACCAAUCUGAGCUCCACCAGCAGCCCUCAGGUGACAGUGCACCACCGCCCCCCUCUGGACUCUUCACUGAAACCCCGCACCGUAACCACGACAACAGCACCCCGGGGCUCCAGUGCCCCACUCCCCCCUCUUCCCUCUGCACCUGCACCUCUGCGUUUACCCCCGGAGGCUGAGCAGACCUCACCCCCUCAGCAGCUUCAGCUGAAGCUGGUGCCAGGUCAAACGGGCAUAGUGCUGUCCUGGAGCGUGUCAGAAACCGAUCGGUCCUGCGCCGCCGUGGACAGCUACCACCUCUAUGCCUUCCAUCAAGACAACUCUAACAGCGGUUCAGCUCAGCAGCACUGGAAGAAGAUCGGGGAGGUGAACGCCCUUCCGUUACCCAUGGCUUGUACGCUGACCCAGUUCCAGUCUGGCUCCACUUACUACUUUGCUGUUCGAGCCAAAGACAUUUAUGGGCGCUUUGGUGCCUUCUGUGAACCUCAGUGCACAAAUGUUAUCAGUUCUGGCUCAAGCUAAGGAACAAGGACUCCCUAAUGCUUCUGAAAGUUUCACUCUUCACGUUUCGUUUUGUUUUGUUUUUGAAGCUCAGCUACGGUUAGCAGAACAGAAACAACAUCUAUAAGUAUCUCUACACAAAACUGGACUCCUGGUUGAAUUUAUGACUUAAAGCAGCAAACUUGGUUUUGUCUGACUCCUUGUAUGUGAUGUGUUUUUGUGACCUGUCCUGUGUAUAUAUCCCUCAAUUAUUUUGUCCCAUGUUGGAUAUUUAAGUUGUUCACUCCUGCUGUUCAGACCAAGGUGGUUUUGUCUUUUCUGGAGAAAAAGUGACAGGAUUCCACAUGUAAACAUAAAUACGCAGACAUGUAUGCUUGUGUGGUAGAAACAGAAUAUCUUUUUUUUAAGUUACGUCUGAAAACCCAGACUUUGACAAACAAAAUAAAAAGUUUUAUUAAAGCUCA